AUGUCAAAGUUAUCCGUGACCAACUUUUCUAAUCGUGCUGGGAGUCCGUACAAAAAAGGCGAAGAAAAAUCAAUAACACAUGAAGAAGUGCUUGAGAAAACUCAUCUAGAAAAACAGAAGGCAAAACAAAAUAUAUUAUUAAAUAAAGUGAAUAAAAAGACAGCUGAAUAUAAAGAAAAUAAACCUAGCUCUGGUGUUUUUACUGAAGUUGUUACACACGGUGCUUUUACUAUUAAAGUCAAUGAGAAAGAUAAACCAAAAGCUGAAACUGCGACUCCAGCAGCAAAAAGUGGAAAUGGGAAUAAUAAUUCAAAGUCGUUAUUGGGAUUUCCUUCAUCAGCAAAUGAUUUAGCUCUAGACGCAAAAUCAGACUUGGAAUCCGAUGUAAACGUUUCAAAGGAAGUAAAAGAAAAAGUGAUUAAAAAGCUUUUUAUGCUUGCUCAAAUGGUACAGCACGUCUACGAAUCAAAAGUCAGGAUAAUGACAGAAUAUGACAAAUUCAAAGAGUUACAACUUAAAAAUGAAUCUAGACGAGAGAGAGAACAUUCCGAACAAUUGUAUAAAUUGAAUAUGAAUUUUCAAAACGAAGUAGUGCAGUCAAUACAGAGGUUGAAAAGUGAGUUGGAUAUUUCGCGCCAUGUUAUGAAGGAGAACGUACAAUUACAAUUGAAGGGAAAUAACAGUUCUGUGUGUUUUAGCACGUCAACGGACGAUGCAAAUGAUUCCGAUGCUGUUGAUAAAAUCAUUGACAAAAGUGAGGCCAAUGACGUCAGAGAGAAUAAUAAUGGUGACAUAAAUGAUGACGCAAUUGUUACUUAA